AUGAACGUUCAUAAACAGGCGUUUAUAUCACCAUCCCAAGUGAAGACGCUAGUAAUACCAAUUGGUAUACAUUGGUCAAGAGAAUCUUUUAUAAAGUACAUACAAAAGGAACUAAUACCUUUAUCUGAAAUUAGAUUAGUUGAUAUAACCCCAUUGCCCGAGUGCACACUAUUUAAUUCUCAAGGAUUCCCAGCUGGAAGAAUUUUUUUUAAUUUUUUGGCUUCAACAAUCGAGGAUGACGAUGAUGAAUCUAUGAUUUUCUUGAAUGACUUUGAACCAUUCAGGAAAAGUUUUGUUGUUAUUGGAUUAAUUCAUGAAUUAGAUAAUUACAAAGAAGAGUAUUUGAAUAAUUUGAAAACAAAAUUCCCUAACAUAAUAUGCCACAAUAUAAUAAAUAUAACAAAUAGUACUGUAAACGAUGGAAUUGAAAUCAAAGAAAGUAAAUAUGUUUUUGUAGAAAAAUCUAAUUUGGAAACCAUUAUUUGUGAUAUUGCUAGAAACUUUUUAGAAUGUUUGGAAAUUUAUUAUAAAUCAUAUAAACAUGUCACUUUAAGAUCACCUGGGGCAAUUGGCGGGACUUCUAUUUUAAGAACAACUUUAUCCCCCUUGGCAAUGAAAAGAAAGAUUUCGGAUGCAAGUAUUUUGCAAAGAAGCAAAGCUUCCUACAAAUUGAAUUCUGAUAAUAGAUUAAAAUCAAGGGCAAGACAGCUAAAAGUGCUGGCAAAUUUACAAUUAAUGGGCGGUCAAUAUCAUCAAAGUUUAUUAAAUUUUAAUGAAGCAGCGCUAUUAAGUCAUAAAAUGGGAGAUUAUCUGUGGUUAUCAAGUGCACUAGAAGGUAUUUCUAUCUGCAUCAUAUUGUUAUCAUAUAUUAAUUGUUCCGUGGCAGUACCUUCUGUCAUUUACACUUUAAUGGAUGUGGAUAAAGUCGUAUCUGAGACCAAUACACCUAAUGCUAGCGCUAGGCCAAGUCUUUCCCGUUUAAAUUCACCAAGAACGUCGACAAAUAGUGUUGUAAUUUCCAAUUUGGCACAUAAAAGUUUAGAUAAAAGAAUUUCGACAGAUAAUGACCAUAACUUUACAAACAAUAACUAUACAAAUAGUGCCAAAAAAUUAAUUUCAGAUACCUGCAUCCCAUUACUCAUCAAACAAAUCAAUGAUAAAAUACUACAUUAUUAUGAUUAUACACUAACACACAAUACUGAAUUCACACCUCAAAUUGUCUAUAUAGAUACGAUACUACGUUUUCUAGAUUUUAUGUCUUCGUUCUAUUGCUCUAAUGAUUUAUACGAAGCCUUACAGACACUAGUGCUGCCCAUCUCAGUUACUAGUGGUACGAAGAGGAAAAGUAGUGAGUCCAUAUUGGAUUCAAAUUAUUUUAGGUUUGAUAGAGUGGACAUUAGCGAUUAUUCUAAUAAUGUGUUGGAAUUUGAGUUAUCACAAAUGAAUGUUUUCCAUCAGUUGAAAAUAUACACUUCGUUGGCAAUAUUACAUCUUACAGUCGGGUUUACAAGAAAAAGCUCUUUUUUUUUGCGUUACAUAUUAAUGAUUUUGUUAAAGGAACCACGCCCAAUUUACUACACAUGGGAAAAUAUUCCAUUACAUGAGUUCAUGGUUAAGUUAAUAUUUGAAAAUGGUGGUGAUGUUGGGGACAAGCUGAAUGUUUCGCUAGAUUCAUGGGGACUGUUGGCAAAAUCUAUUUUAAAUUCUUGUAUAUUAUUAUCUAAAAAAUAUGGAGAACGGAAAAAAAGUUUUCUAUGGUCCAUGAAAAUGUUAGAAAAAUACCAUGAUUUGCUAACUGUAUCGGAACAAAUUGUUUUAUUAACUGAUAACAUAAUUUCCAUUGAUGAUCAAGAAUUUGAAUGGUUUAUUGAAUUUGAACUUUUGCAAGGUAUUUUUAUUUUUCGAACAAACAGUAAUAUUGAACUACCUACUAAAAGGAAAAAGAAUUUUCACUUGAAAAGAAAAACUGAAAGCAUUAUUUUAGAAGAUAAAAUAAGGGACAAGAGUAAAAGUGGUGCUCAACAUGAAAUUGCUCUAGAAAAUGAAGAAGAAGAAGAAACUGGUGAUGACGAUGAUGAUGAAAAUUACGAAGAUGAAGAUGCAUUAGUUUUUAAUCCUUAUCGAUAUUUGAGUAACGCUAGUAAUACUGCUGAAAAUAAUAAUAAACAUAAGGAUAACAAAGCCAUAGUGGAACGUGUCUCUUUAUUAGUCGGUGAGAUAGUUUCAUUGGAAAUUACCGUGAAGAAUAUUUUUAAAUUUAACGUUGACAUUACCUCGAUUGAACUAUUAGAAAAAGAUCAAGAGUAUUUCACUUUAUUGAAUAACUCUAAUUAUGACGGCAAAUUUGUACUACCAGCGGAAAGCACCAGGAAAAUAUACUUACAAUUAGAAGUGUUGAAAAGUACUGACAAAUUAAGAUUAGAGAGCUUAAAACUAAAAGUGUUUCAAUUCAAACCACAUGUUUUCAAGGUAGCCAAUAAUUUUGAUAACCGGGUGUUUGAAUAUGAGAUUAUUGAACAACAUCCGGAGGUCUAUUUGGAAAGUCCACCGCAAACAUUAAUUAUCCAGGAGGGUUCUAAAUCUGAAGUUACAUUUAAUUUAUUUAAUAAGUCUCUGUUAACAGUGGCAGAAAUUAAUACACUUGAAGUUGACUUUAAUGUUGUUCAAAAAGGUGCAAGGACAUUACCCGCUGAAGAAAAUUACGAAAUUGAAUUAAGAUUUGAAAAUUUGAAAAAAUGUCUAAAAAUCAAACACCAUUCCAACAUAAUUGCUUGCAAUAAAAGUUUGACAUUCAGUUGCACAUUGGAUUUAUCCUUGGGAAUUUCGAUACCUGUAGAUUUUGAUAAUUUUGAUAUUUUUAUCGAAUAUGGUAUACGCAGGAAAUAUAAUUAUUAUAAAACUAUUGGAAUACCCGUUAACAUUUCCAUUUUGAAAAACUUGGAAAUUUUUAACGUGGAAAUAUUACCCUUUCAACAUAACCAGCAGUGGGUUUUAUUACAUGAUAAUGUUCCAACAUAUAGUGGUGAUGACUGUAAUUCUAAGGACGUUGUAACUAAACUCGAAUCAACAGAUUGUGACUGGUAUAACUUUUUAAUUAAAUCACCUGACUAUAAGUGGGUGUUAUAUUUGGACAUAAGGAAUUCGUGGAUCGAAAAUCUAUCUUUUACUUUGAAAUACCGCGAUUAUAAAUCAGCAAAAUAUAUUUUGUACACUAAACAUUCCAAGAGAUUUGCGAUUCCUAUUGACCGACAUUUAUUUACGGAGAAUGUCAAUUUAGAUAUACCCAGCCAAAAUUUUAAAGCAACUACCUUAACAUCCAAGACGCAAUUUUGGAUAAGAGAAAAUGUUUUAAAAAUGAUAAGUUGUAACUGGGUUAUGGAGAAAAAUAGCGAGGAAGAUCCUUACACUGGCAGAACUGAUUUAAGGAGAUAUAUUAGUCUAUCUGAUUGUCAAAGGUUUCCAACGCUCAUUCCAGAAAAUGAAAUUACUCUAGAGCUUUUAAACAGGAAUAACAAUUCUAAACAAAAUAAUGUGUUAAAAGCCGGUGAUUUUACAUGUCUAAAAAUAUCUAGUGAUGCGCCUGGUACCAUAAUUUUGUUAUUAUUAGAUUCUCUAACUGGGAAAUCUGUUUUAAAGAGUAAUAGGGUGUUAUUCAAUGGCAAAAGAAUUAUGCCUAUAGAUAAGAAUGGUGUUAAAAUUGAUAUGCUGUUUGUAGAUUCCGGUAUGUUUGAACUUAAUUGUUUGUUUGAAUCAAAUGAAGGCAAGAAAAGUUUUAGCUUAUCACCAUUAAUAUUAAAAGUAGACACAUAA